AUGCAUUAUAAAUUAGAUAAGCCACCUCCAUGUCAAGUUCUACGUUUCAAUCUGUUAUAUGAUAUUUUCCCGAUUGAAGAGGAAUUCCCUCAGUAUUUUACUGUUCGUUCAUUAGAUCUACUCACACAAUAUGUAUUCAUUGAAUUACUGGAGUUGUUAGAUUUAAACUGGAAACCAUAUGGAGCAAAGGAGAGCUGUAAUGUGAUACAUUUAAUGCCAAGAUUUAUACGUAUUUUGUCAAAUACUGCUACUACUACCAAUGAUAAUUUUUCGAUUACAAAUACUGCCACUACUACUAACAAUAGUAUUUCAGUAGAUAACAGUAAAGAACAUAAUAUCGAGUCAAAUAAAUUAAUCGUUUGUAUCGAUGAUAGUAGUGAUAAUAAUACAGUAAUUGGGGAAUUACUACCCGUUCAUGUAAUAAUGCGACACUGGUUAAAAGAGGCACUGACUCCGGUAAUUAAUAUGAUGGAAUUAUCUUCAAUACAGCGUAUGACUACAAUUGAAUGGUCAAAUCAUAUCGCUAAUUUACGAGGCACAUUAGCUUGCUUUCCAGGCAAAAAACCAUCAACUAUACGCAUAGAUCAAUUAGAUCGUCAAUCUGUAACAGGUCAAUCAAAUGAAACCAUAUUAAUUUAUCCACUCAUAGUGCACAUGACUUAUACACCAAUGAAAUUAAGUUUAACGCGUGAACCAAAGUAUAAAUCUGUACUUAAAAACUUUAUGAAAUUACAAUAUUUAAUGAUGAAUAAGCCAAAAAUUAGUACUUCUGAUCGUGUACAGUUAGUACAAUUAGCCAGUGAAUUAGAAGAGAUGGAGCAUUCUGGGGUACAUCGACGUGAAGUUACUGUAGAGAUUAGUUGUGAAGGCUUUUAUCGAACUGGAAUACGACCAGAUAUACCACAAUAUGCAUUGAAUUUAGUCUCAUUAAUAGCUCACCUACGUUUUCAUAAAUCGUUGGAAAGUUUGGAGAAUCGUUUGGGAUAUACAUUUAACGAUAAGUCUUUACUACAUCAAUCCCUUACUCAUCCAUCAUAUCGGCGAACAAAUUUCGGUACAAAUCAAGAUCAUUUUCAAAAUUCAUUGGUUAGUUGCGGUCCACGUAUUUUAGAAUAUGGUGAUAAGCUAGAAUUAUAUAAGGCAUGGCGUAAAAAGGGUUUAACUAAAAUGAUACAAGUUAUGUCAUUUUUACCAAAAAUGCAUGAAGAACGAUCGAAUAUUUAUGGGAAUGAACGAUUGGAAUUUUUAGGCGAUGCAGUUGUUGAAGUUAUCUCCAGUAUCCACUUAUUCUUCAUGUUCCCUGAAUUGUCCGAAGGUCAUUUGGAUGCGUACCGUCAAGCCAUCGUUCAAAAUCAACAUUUAGCUGAAUUAGCUGUUCGUCUUGGCAUUCAUAAAUACUUGUUGUAUACUCAUAGUGUAGACUUUUGUUAUGAUUCUACAUUUAUCUACGCUCGAUCUGAUGCAUUUGAAGCUUUAAUGGCUGCAAUCACUUUAGACGCUGGACUUGAUAUUGUUGAUAGAAUAUUUGGUGCUGUUCUAUUUGGUGAUGAUGAAAGAAUUCAUCGUGUUUGGGUACAAAUCCCAUUGCAUCCAUUACAGUCACAAUGCCCUGAAGGUGAUCGAUCAUGGGCAACAAAAGUUCCUAUGCUAAAGAAAUUGUGUACAUUAGAAGAUACUUUGGGCAUAAAAUUUAAACACCUACGUGUACUUGCUCGUGCUAUGACUAUACGAAAAACUGGUUUUAAUUUUUAUACAUUGGGAGAUAAUCAACGUUUAGAAUUCCUUGGUGAUUCUUUGUUGAAAUAUGUGUCAACAGAUUAUUUAUUUCGACAUUUUCCACGACAUCAUGAAGGACAUUUAUCAUUGUUAAAAAAUUCACUAGUGAAUAAAUAUACACAGGCAUCUGUAUGCAGUGAGUUAGGCUUAGAAAAUUAUGUUAUACGUCGUGAAGAUAAUAGUAUGCAUAAAUACGAUUGCAAAAUUAAUAAUAACAAUCAUUCUACUAAUAAUAACAUAUCAAAACAUUCAAAUCCGUCUUGGAAUACUACUUAUAUAAGUAGUCAAAAUUCAAAUAUACUCAGAUCUAAACAAAAUAAAAAAGGUGGUCAAAACAAAGCUGAUUUAUUGGAAGCAUUUAUUGGUGCAUUAUUUGUCGAUAAAGAUUUAACAUGGGUUGAACGUUUUUGUCAAAUAUGUUUUUGGCCACGUCUUGUUGAGUUUAUUUUAAAACAAGAAUGGAAUGAUGCCAAAUCAAAAUUACAACAAUGUUGUCUCACAUUUCGUUCAUUAAAUGAAGAUCCAGAAAUUGCACAUUAUAAAGUUUUAGAACAUAGUGGGCCAACUAACCAACGUGUUUAUCGUGUUGGUGUUUAUUUUCGUGGUCAACGAUUAGCAACUGGUGAAGGUCGGUCUGUUCAACAAGCUCAAAUGGAAGCAGCUAAAAAGGCAUUGGAAUUACAUCAAGAUACAUUUCGUCAAUUGGAUUUUCAACGUUCAGUUAUUUCAAAACGAUAUAAACAACCUUAUAUUAAUAAAAUAUUGGAUCAAGUACAAAAUUGGGAUGAACAAUUAGUGGAAUAUUUUAUUUCAGAUAAACCUACAUCUACAACAGUUAUGUCCACCUUGACUUCAAAUACUACUACGAAUAAUAAUAACAAUAAUAAUAACAACAAUAAUAAUAAUAAUAAUAAUAAUAAUAAAAUUACUCCUAUAAAUAAUAGUGAAAACCAAACAAUGAAACGAUCAUUUCUAUCAAACCAUAACAAUGAUAUCAAUGGAGAAGAAUUAUUAUUGUAUAGAAGUACUAAACGUCGUUGUUUUGACAAAAACAUUCCUAAUCAAAAUGCAUGUACAAAUGAAAAAACACCAUAUCUCUCCGCCGUAUCAUCAACAUCAAGAUAUGGCACUUUUCCUUCAAUAUAUCUAUCAUCACAGACGUCAACUUCAACUAAUAAUAAUGAGGAGGAUGAUAUUGCAAUGAUCGACAGUAAAACAGAACGACUGAACGCGGUGGAAGACAUAGAAAAAGGGAACGAAUUGUUUGUUGUAUUAAAUAACAACGACAAUGAUGACGUCGAAGACAAUAUAAACGAAAAAGAUGAGGAGGAAGAAGGCGAGAUUGUAGAAGACGAUGAUGAUUUUUGUGAUAAUUCUAGUAAUGAUAUUCCGAAUGAGAGACAUUGUAAAUAUAAAUUACUUUUAAAAUGAAAAAAAAGACAAAACAUUGGAACACUGUGUAUCUUAAUCGUUGUAAAUACUACUAUUAAUAAAAGUAAUAAUGACAGAUGCCAACCCUGACUAAGUAGUCGAAUGCAUUUUACUCUCUUUUCAUUUGUUCGGCCUUUUCUUUUCGUAAAGUCAACGAAUUAUGCGAAUUUUUCUUCUUGCUUAACUUAGGAAAAUUCAUUUCUUAUUGACGGAAGAAAGUGAUCAAUCGAAGUUGAACUACUGUUUUAUAUUUUUACGAACUUAAUUAUAUUACGCAAUUUUGAAUUGUAGUUAUAUAUAUCGCUCUGAUGGAAUUUGUCAUUCUUAAAAUACAUUCAUAAUCUUGAUAUACAAAUAGUGCAGUUUCAUAAGUGAUUAUUUAAUAGUAAUUGAAAUAUGUUGGGGACGAUAUAUCCCGAAAACCCAUAGUUUGUAACUUUAUCUUUGUGGAGCUUGUAUGCAGAUGUAUGCGUAAGCAUUCCUUACCACCCACGCACAUAGUUGAUUGGUGAACUUAUCGUUUAAAUGUAUCAAUGGCAAUCAAUUGACGAACUAAUCGGUUAAACGUUUAAAAGCUCCAGGGCAAUAUCGAUAUAUAUUUGUAUAUAUACGUUUUAAAUUGUUUGUGGUGCUCGCUCGUUUUCUGGCUGUUUGCAGAAUAUGCUUUCCAUACCAAGCUUGGACUUCUUCUAGAUAGCGGGGCUGAAACGCGUCAAUAGCUAGAUAACUAGUCUUUGGUCACUGAGUCUUGUUCUCGUUCGCAGAUUAAGUGAACUCGUGAAGCUUCAAACCUAACAAAAUGGUUGACAGGUAUGUCUCAUGAUUUUCUUUAUUCGCCAACCGAUCCUAUCAUUAUGGUUAACAUAGUGAACUGAUCUUGACUAAACAAAUUACAAACAGUAUUAUUCGUCGUUUGUCCAGUAGACGGCUCCAAACAAUGCUAGUCUUAUUUUAAAUCCACGUUUGUUUCGAAUUGGGACAGUCUUAUUUCAUAUUUUUACUCCUUUGAAUAAAGUCAAAACAACAACUGAGUCAGGAUAGUAUGAACAUAUUGUAUUUUGUGGUUUCUCUUCAACCGCUUACAAGUAGAUUAAUAUUAAACUGUAACAUUGAAAUAUAAUACAAUAUGAGGUAAGGGACUUUGGGAACAGGAUGAAUCCUAACAACGAUAUAUAUAGGAUUUUAGAAAGUGAGGGGAAUGUGGAAGUAAUUUUUCGUUAUAUCUUUUGCUAUAGCUGCUCUAAGGUUUUCAAAAUAUCCUAUAUUUUGUAAGCCUGUUCACUGAAUAUGACUCAUUUGUGUGUGUAUAA